CAAACAAAAAUCAAUUCUAAUGGCUUCCUCUAAGCCACUGCUGGCUGACCUUGCAUCCUUGGGUGUCAAUCAUGUUCCGUCCAACUACAUCCGUCCCAUCUCCGACCGUCCAAAUCUCUCCGACGUUGAGAUGUCCGACGCCUCCAUUCCUCUUAUAGACCUCCAGGACCUUCACGGUCCUAAUCACUCUCUUGUUAUAGCCCAGAUUGGCCGAGCUUGCCAGUUUGAUGGUUUCUUUCAGAUCAAGAGCCAUGGAAUACCGGAGGAUAUGAUCAAUACCAUAUUGAGCACGGCGAUAGAUUUCUUCAAAUUACCUGAAAGCGAGAGACUAAAGAGUUACUCCGACGACCCUACCAAAACCACCAGGCUCUCUACCAGUUUCAAUGUCAAGACCGAAAAGGUAUCCAACUGGAGAGACUUCUUGAGACUCCACUGUUACCCACUUGAGGAUUACAUCCAAGAAUGGCCUUCCAAUCCUCCAUCUUUCAGGAAGAAUGUGGCUGAAUAUUGCUCGAGAGUUCGAGCGCUAGUGCUGACACUGCUUGAAGCCAUAUCAGAAAGCUUAGGCUUGGAAAGAGAUUACAUAGACAAGGCAUUAAGCAAGCAUGGACAGCACAUGGCCAUUAACUAUUAUCCCCCCUGCCCACAGCCAGAGCUAACUUAUGGACUGCCUGGACAUACUGACCCCAAUCUAAUCACCAUUCUUCUGCAGGAUCAAGUGCCCGGAUUGCAGGUUCUGAGAAAUGGCAAAUGGGUCGCUGUUAAUCCCAUUCCCAAUACCUUCAUCGUCAAUAUCGGUGAUCAAAUGCAGGUCAUUAGCAAUGAUCGGUACAAGAGCGUUCUUCACAGAGCAGUGGUGAACAGUGACAAAGAGAGACUAUCUAUUCCGACGUUCUAUUGUCCUUCACCGGAUGCAGUGAUAGGGCCUGCUAAGGAGUUGAUUGACCAUGAUCAUCCAGCAGUUUACAAGCAUUUUACAUACGCAGAAUACUAUGAGAAAUUUUGGAACAGAGGACUUGCAAAAGAAUGCUGCUUGGACCUGUUCAAGAAUUCUACUGCGUGAUAUAAAACUGUCAUUUUAAUUUCUCUUCUAUCAAAAGAGAUGCAAAGAUUGAAUCUAAGUUACAUCAAUUUAACAAACAGUUUCAUUUUUGUCUGUA